AGCGUCCCCGCCCCGCGGCGCGGCCCGCUGUCUCUCGGCUCGGCCUGCUGGCCCUCGCUCGGCACCAUGGAGGGGCUCGGGCGGCCCGCGCUGGCGGAGGACGCCGUGCGCUACCGCCUCUUCGCGGCGGCGGCCAAGGGGGACGGGGCCGAGGCGCUGCUGCGGCGCUGCGCAGACGCCAUCGUGGUGCGGUUCGCGCCGCUCCUGGCCGCCUACAUCUGGCAGCGGGAGCCGUUCCGCCUGCGCUACGCGCCGCCGCGGGGCGAGACCCCGGCGCACAUCGGCGGCACCACGCUGUUCGGGGACAACGUUGAGGACGAGUGGUUCAUCGUGUACCUUGUCCGGGAGAUCACCAGGGAGUUCCCGGGGCUGGCGGGCAGGGUUGAUGACAACGAUGGGGAGUUUCUCUUGAUAGAAGCAGCAGAUUUUCUCCCGAAGUGGUUGAAUCCUGAGAAUAGUGACAACAGGGUGUUCUUUUACAAAGGAGAACUGCACAUCAUUCCGCUGUCAGAGGCUCAGGAGCAGGACUGCGACCCAUCUGCUGCCAGUCCAACAAUCUCACAGGUGCUGAGGCUGUUAUCCAGCCGUUCCGAGGAGUUCCUGGCCGCGGAACCCAUUAGAACAGCGCUGUAUAAACGCAUCAGUGGAUAUCCUGAGAAAAUUCAGGCCUCGCUUCACCGCGCGCAGUGCUACCUGCCGGCGGGCGCCGCAGCCGUGCUGAGGCAGCGCCCGGCCCUGGUGGCUGCGGCCGUCCAGGCCUUUUACCUGCGGGAUCCCAUAGAUUUACGAGCCUGUCGCUCUUUUCACAUUUUCCCUCCAGACCAGCGUGUGAUGACUGUAGUUACUUUCACAAAGUGUUUAUAUGCACAGCUGGUGCAGCAGAAGUUUGUUCCGGAUAGACGCAGUGGAUACACACUGCCCCUCCCAUCUCACCCUCAAUACAAAGCCUAUGAACUGGGCAUGAAACUGGCUCAUGGCUUUGAAAUCUUGUGCUCCAAGUGCAGUAAAGUAUCUCAUGAUUCCAAGAGAAAUGUGUUAAGUGGUCCCCUGUGGGAGAGAUUCCUCAGCAGCCUGAAGGAAAACAAUUAUUUCAAGGGAGAAAUGGAAGGAUCUGCCAAGUACUUGGAACUGUUGUGUAUGGCAGAGGAUUACUUCCAGCGAUCUGUUACCAAGCCGGAGUGCUCUGAAGAGAGCCCAGGUGAUGAAAUCUUGACAUUGCUACAGACAACAACCAUUGACAUGAAGGAAUUUGAGAGGGAAGCAGCUUGUCUUCCUCCUGAAGAUGAUGACAGUUGGCUGGAGAUUACACCGGAUGAUUUAGAUCAGAUGCUGAAGGAGGCAAGAAGCGAGUCCCACUCUUCUCUGAAUGAGGAAGAGCAGAAAUAUGACUUGGAAGCAGUUGCUGAAAGUAUGAAAGCUUUUGUAUCCAAAGUCUCAACGCAUGAAGGAGCAGAAAUGCCAUGGUCAUCUGAUGAAUCCCAUGUUACCUUUGACGUAGAUUCUUUCACAAGAGCAUUAGACAGAAUUUUAGGGGAGGACUCAGAAGAGCUGGAUUCUGAUGAUCUGGAUGAAGAGCAGGAGUUUAAUUUCUCAGAUGAGGACAAUGAAGACUUAGAUGCUGAAAAUCAAAGGCAAGAAGAGAAGGUAUUGCCUGAUGAGCUUAUAGGCAGCCUCAAGUCAUAUAUGGAUGAGAUGGACCGGGAACUGGCACAUACCAAUGUUGGUAAAAGUUUCACCACCCAAAAGAAAGGGGCAAGUUCUGUUAAAACAACUGCAUCUCAAAGCACUGGCCCUGAUUCUGGAGCUGAAGAUACUGAGCUGACACCAGUCGAUGUGGAUAUGAACCUCAUAACUAACCUGCUGGAAUCCUAUAGUGCUCAAUCCGGACUGGCAGGACCCACUUCAAACAUUUUACAGAGCAUGGGUGUGUAUUUACCUGAAAAUGCAGAUCGUGUCGGCUCUAAUAAGGGAGCAACAGAAUAAGAGACUGUCUUAAUUCAGAAGACAUGAUUGACUGAGAAAUAAAGCACCAAAAGACUAGCAGUAUUUGGAAGAAGAGAUGAAAGCUUUGCAUUUAAAGCCUUUUAUGCGUUAGUUAUGUGUGACUUUAAAGAUGCAAAGUGAAUUUGCCUGCAAAAGCCAUCUGUUCUGAUUCUAUCUUGGAUAGAAAUCAGAUUUUUCUAGUGCUAACGUUUUCAGAAAACCGAAAAAUGAUGUUGUGACUUGAAUGAAACUUUUGUUGCAGAACCUGUUUUCAGUUUUUCAAAUGGAUGAUCCAAUUUACCAUAUUUCUAAAAUGUCCUUUUACCCUUUACUGGGUGGUUUCACGCUCUGUAAAGCAGUGCAUGUUCUGAAAAUCGUGCUGCCGCCAGGGGGGGACAGAGGAAUACCAUGUUAUAGGAACAGAUUUCUCUUGGCGAUUCGGGAAUGCUGGUUAAAUGUUCGGCAGACACUUAAUAUUUCUUCCAAAAGUACAAACACUUCAUUGUAAGAACUGCUAAUUACUGUAAGAAUGUGUUUUUCAUUAACCAGAACAAUUUAAAGAGUAAUUGAAUUGAAUAUGUAAAUGUGGGCCACAAGUUUUUUUGGUGUGUUUUUUUUUUAAUAAAAACAGAAAUACAACUGGA